AUGUUCCAGCAAGAGAGUAUGGGUUUCCCCACUAGAGUGCACUCUCCGGUAAGCAUGCCCAGAAGAGCACACCCAGGAGCCGUGCUUUUGACCCCGCAGUCGUCGUCGAUGGCAAAUUCCCACAGCGGAGCGGGCGAAAAUGGGAAUCACUCGCAACAUCUGCCGCUUAGUCCGCAGCUUUCCUCUCAGCAUCUCUCACUCAACGACCUGUUAGACCAGCAACAACAGCAGCAACAGCAACAUCAAACCAUGCUCGUUGAUUCACAACGUACAGCAGCCGGACCUGCUGUCGUAUCUCCACUGUUACAGCCAAGCUCUUCCAUGUUUCUGGACUCAUUUUCAAGACCUGCAAGUAGCAUGGCUGCAUUGCAAACGUCAGUUCCCGCACCCCCUCCUACAAAUAUGGUUAAUUUCACGCAUGAUCUCAAUCAAUUAUGCUCGUGGAUGUCAAUGUUAUCGUCAGCUCAGCAGAACUCUGUUAUGGAUAAUCUUCUAUCUUCGUUGAACGAGGAAGUUUUACAAAAUACUAAGUUGAAGUUAGACAGUCUGGUGAGCUCAGGUUAUAUGUCGCCAAGUGUGAGGUCUCCACAGGUUUUGGCACCCAUCCCUGACCGGGGCCCCACACCCCAGCCUCUGACGUUGGAUUCUCUUUUAAACAACAAUAUUGGCCACAGUAUGAACCGUCAAUGGUCUCCAAUUUCUCAAAAUCAUUCAAAUAGUCAGCCGAUUUAUGAUUACAUCAAUGACCUCUCUAACAGGCCGCGCUCGGCUGAUCCUCAGCUCAGGAAAAAGUUUGGGACCCCGGGAAAGCCGCCCCAAAAAAAGUCAUCUCCUCAAUCCAAAUUCCAUCCAACAAAUGGAAUGAGCUCUCCUACAGGGUCAACCGGCUCGUCGGCUUCAUCCUCCAUGAACCCAAAGACACUAACAGAUCCGAAGCUCUUGAAUAACAUUCCGGCUUGGUUAAAAUCUUUGAGACUUCACAAAUAUUCUGAUGCACUAAAUGGGAAGCCAUGGACGGAGUUGAUAUACCUUGGUGACGACUCUUUAGAGGCACUAGGUGUGUCGGCCUUGGGUGCUAGAAGAAAGCUCUUGAAAGCGUUUGCGGUGGUCAGGGACCACAGGGAGCGUGGAUUGAUUGAUUCUGGUGCAUGCUAG